AUGGACGAUCCUCAGUUCAAUAUUAGCCAAAAGAUCGACCUCAUGAUCGGUGCUGAGCUGUUCUUCUCUUUGCUGGAACAACAGCAAAUUUUACUCGCUGCAGGAUACCCGCUCCUACAAAAAACCGUACUAGGCUACAUCGUCUGUGGAAGGGUCGCGGAUCCAUCCAAGGACCCACCAGCAGUCCAGACUAGUCACGUUUGCACAGACGACCACCUCGACAAACAACUCGAACGUUUUUGGGAAAUUGACAACAUCGACGUCGGGAAAGCCUAUACUUCCGACGAGAAACACUGUGAAGAUCACUUCAAACAAACCGUUGGUCGAGACUCAGGCGGGAGAUACAUCGUCCGUUUUCCGCUGCGAGACGAAAUUUUGCCGAUGCAACUCGCACUACGUCAUCUUCAGGCUAUGGACAAAAAGUUCGCUCUUGAUGAAUGUCUUCGUGUCCCAUAUCGGGAGUUUUUGCAAGAGUACGAAAGUCUGGGUCACAUAGAGGAGGUGAAUUCGUGCGUGUCGUGUAGUCCGCAGUUUUUCUACCCCAUCAUGCCAUUCAUCGUCCUGAGAAUUCUACUACACGACACGAAACGUAUUCGAUGGAUCCUGUCGUAG